AUGAGUGAUGAAGAGAGUGAUGUUGCUGUAGCAUCAAUUAAUAAUAAUCAUAAGGUGCGAGAUGAUAUAUUUGACGAUGACGACGACGAGGAAGACAACAAAGAGAAUGAUAAUGAUGUAGAAGGUCACUUUGUAUCAGAUGGUAUAUCAAUACAUCCAAAGUAUAUGGAUGAUCUAAUGCAGUGGAAUAAUGACAACAGUGAUGAUGACGAUGACGAUAAUAAUGAUGACAAGAAAGAAGUGGACGAGAGUGAUGAUGACAAUGAUAAUGGAGAUGCUGCCAGCUAUGAUGGAGGUGGUGGUGGUGGAAUGGACGACUAUGAUGAUGAUGAAAUGACAACAGAAGAGCCAGAUGACAAGGUCAAGAAGACAAAUACAAAGAAGCCUGAUGUAUCAUUGGGUUCAAAAAGAGGCAGAGACAUCCAGAGUGAUGAUGACGAUGAUGAAGACGAUAAUGACUCACCACGACAGACAAAGAAGAAGAACAAAUUAUCACCAAGCAAGGACUCAUCAUCUUCAUCAGCAUCAUCAUCAUCUGCAUCAACCAAGCCAAAGGUGGUCAACUUGAAGACAAAAAGAAAGCUAAAGAAGAAGACCAUGUACGACACCGACCUCAUGAAGGACAAUGGACUGGUCAAGCUCGACACACUCUGGCGGGAAGAUUGCAAGAUGAACUCUGCCAAGGGUGAGGUGACUCUAAAGGAGAAGUUGAGUACGCUAUUCAAUACUUUUGGACAAUGGGCCAAGGGUAUUGUGCCUGGAAUACCUCAGGCCGAUGCUAUAUCAGUGGCCGAGAAGCUGGGAGGUCUAAACAAGAUUCGCAAUGUAAUAGAUGGAAUAGAGGAUGGAUCAUGGAAGCCAGUCAAAUUCUACAAUGACGAAGAGACACAAGACAACGAGUCGAACACCGAUCAAUCAACAGUAGACAGUGGCGGACACUCCAACUACAACAACAACAACAACGACAUCCACAAAGACACAUCAACCUCAUCAUCAUACGACAAUGUACAUACUUCUCAUCCAUCAUCUUCAUCAUCAAUGCAGCAUGCAGACGUCACUUUCGCGACUACCUCUACGACAACAACGACUACAACAACUGCAAUGCCAACUGGUAGGCUCUCACUCAAGAGCUUGGCAGGCACCCUAUCACUCCCCAAGCUGGGCGCAGGAGGCUCAAAGAUCACUCUGAGUCUCAAACCACAACUUGGAGGUCAGAACAAAACACUCAAACUU